AUGUCUGGGGAAGGAGACGGCUUGCCGGACGUCAUCAUCAUCAACGGUAACAGCAACGGUAACGGUAACGGCAACGGCGUGGCCUUCGGCAUUGACCACUCGGUGAAGCUGGUCUUGCGUCUGGCCGAGCUGUUUGAGCAAGGCAACGGCAGCGACGUGACGCUGCGGCUGGAGGCGGCCGGCGCGGCCGAUGUGCGCGAGAUCCAGGCCCACCGCCUGGUGCUGGCGCUGCAGAGCUCCGUCUUCCAGGAGAUGCUGGAGAACAGCACCGCGGGUGCUGCUGCUGCUGGGAGUGACACACUGGUGAUCACGGAGAGCGCUGAGAGUGUGGCCGUCUUCGACAAGUUCAUCAGAUACCUGUACUGCGGUGAGAUCGCUGUCCGUGUGGACCAGGCCACCACCUUGCAUCGCCUGGCCACCAAGUACAAUGUGACGGUCCUGCGGCAGGGCCUGAGCCAGUACAUGAGCGAGAACCUGGCGGGCGACCCUCCGCGCAGCGGACGCGCAGUCAGCUGGUACGAGUACGCCGAGCGCUCAGGCGACGAGGCGCUGCGUGACAGCUGCCUGCAGUACCUGACGUGGAACCUGUCGUCGGUGCUGCGCAGCCGCGAGUGGCCGAGCGUGAGCGCCCCCUUGCUGUUGACUCUGCUGCAGCGCUCUGACCUGGUGCUGCAGAGCGAGCUGGAGCUGUUCGAGGCCGUGGAGACCUGGCUGGCGAGGCAGAAGCCGGACGGGCUGACCGCUGAGAACGCGCUGCGCUCGAUCCGCUACGCCAUGAUGGCACCGCGCGAGCUCUUCCAGCUGCAGCGGGAGUCGCGGGCCCUCCGCCGCUACGGCGAGUCGGUGCGCGACCUGCUCUACAUGUCCUAUCAGUUCCACUCGGCGUCGCCGCUGCAGCUGGCCAAGUUCUUCGACGUCAACUGCAGCCUGUUCACGCCGCGCAACUACCUGGCGUCGGCGUGGGGCGCGCCAUGGGUCAUCAGCAACCCGGCGCGCGAUGACCGCAGCGCCAGCUUCCAGACGCAGCUGGGCCCCAGCGGACACGACGCGGGCAAGCGCGUCACCUGGAACGCGCUCUUCUCGCCACGCUGGCUGCCACUGAGCCUGCGGCCGGCGUUCGGCGAGCAGGGCUCCAUGCAGCCGCCGCCGAGGCCCGACGUCGGACGUCCGCGCAUCAUCGUCACCCCGGCAACGUCCAGCGCCGACAUGGCCGGCGUGAGCUUCCAGAAGACGCUGCUGGUGGUGGUGCGGUGGCAGGGGAAGAUGGUGGUGCGCCACGUCUACAACUUCCACCAGAGCACGGAGGAGAUCGGCGACUUCCUGGCCGGCACCGAUCUCCAACGCCGCAGCUCUGAGUACCUCACCAAUGGCUCACUCCAUCUGCACAUCAUCGUCAAGCCGCUCUACCAAAGCCUCAUCGCACCCAAGCAGUGACCAGUCACUGAUUCACACCACACCACACCGCACCGCACGCCCCACAUUGCCCAACUCAACACAAUGCAACCCAAAUCUCCACCCACGGUGGCCUAGUUUGGUUAGUAAUAACAUUGUUCCUCAAUAGGUAUGACACUCAUAUCACAAAAUUGUUCAUUUCUGAAAAAGGGACACUCAGUUGUAACACAAAAUAAUAACCAUGUAUUCAAUACGCCCCACCCCACCCCUAUUCCAAACACAAAGUGAUUCACCCAAAGAUUUAAAAUGAACAAGGGCUGGUUGGUGGAUUCAUUAAUGUUGAGCCAAAAUUGAUAGUAAAUCAAGUAGCCUGAUACACACUACAGUAGACUGACAGUUUAUAGCCAGUGAAACACACUGCCAGUGAUAGCCCAGCCAUACAGGCCUAUAGGCCACAACUUAUUUUAUGUUGAGACUAACUUUGACAAUUAUGGUUCUAGGUGCUAUGUUUUAUAAUAUCUCUAUGCGGAUUACAUUUCAUGCUUUAUUAAUUGAAUAACGUGUCAUAUUUUCCAUAUGUUUACAAAUUAGAAGUAGGCUAGGU